AUGACUUGGGGGAUUCCGUUUGCAAUGGCACGGUUGAAUCCCAGUCCACAGGCUCGGCCGCAUCGCCCGCCGGACCAGCCGCGAACCCAGACGCAGUUCCGGGAUGUUGAUAAGGAGAUUUACCGCGCCGAUACCCUUGUCAAGGAUGCAGUUGCUGUCAAGAUUGCACCAGAAACACUGAAGCAGUACACUGCCGAGUGGAAAGAGCAGCAGCGGAUCGAAAAGGACCGUGAGACGGAGCUUUCGGGACUCAAAGAAAAGGUUGCUUCUCUGGAGCAAAAGGUUCGGUCAUUGGAACACCGCGCCGAACAGUCCGACAUGGAACACGUUCAAGUCGCCUCGGAGCUUAUCAAAACCAAGGUUCAGAACGAGAGCCUGGAAGAAGAAAACGAGACACUCAGAACCAAGGUAGAGGAGCUGCAGAAAAUUGUCGACACACAGCCUGCCGAAGUCGAGGCACGGCUCAAGCACGAAAUGGAGACUGUGAUGCAGAAGAACAUCAUUGUGCACAACGAGAACCGCAACCUGGAAGACUCCAUGGCCGAAAUGGAAAAGGAGCUGGUGGACGUCAAGAUGCAGUGGGCCACGAUUAACGAAGAGCAUGAAGCGCUCAAGCAAAAAUGGAACAAUGUUUCACAGAUGAUGAAAAAGUAA